CACUGCCCUGAUCUGGCGCGCCUCGCUCUCCGCCGGCUGGAUCCUCUCCUCCUCCUUGCUCCUCUUUCUGCUCCUCCUGACACGUUCCGCGCUUCCAGUCUAAUCCACCGGUGUCAUCGAUCGCCGAUCCGACUUCCUUCCUCCGCGUUGAUUCUCCCUGCGCGGUCAGUUCAAGUCGCGGCGAGCCGAGACCUGGCGAGGCGAGGCGAAGCGAGGCGAGGCGAGGCGAGCCUCCGUUCGUUCCUGUCGCGUUCGCCCGCCAGACCAAAAUCACCACCUGACAUGUCACAGUGCACGCAUCAGUACCGUGCCGACUGCUGCUGGCACUCGUGCGACCAGUGAGCAAACGGAAACUUACAUCGCGCCGAUUUCCAGUCAGUUCACGCCACCGGUUAAGACCUCGUUCGCAAGCGUCGUCGGUAAUUUUCGUGGUGUUCGCGCGCGUUCGUGGAAUAUCGGGGAAUUUCUGUGGAUCCUCCGCCGCCCGGUACCGGAAGUGUGAUGACCCUUCCAGUGAGACGUGCUAUACCGAUCGACGCGACGAUACCGGCUCUUCGAUCUGGGAUCUAAGUCGCGUGGACAAGGAUGACCGAAACCGAUGAGCGGAUGAACGAGUAGAACUAGGAAGGAAUCACAAGGGAAACGAGGGCUGCUGAAGGAAGAGAUGGUGGUAGAGUGGCUCUGUCCUGGACUUCGGCCGGCCGGAAGCCGUAGGCCCCGUCUUCUGCACUGCAAGGUGAUACUUCUCGACGAGCACGAACUGCUGCAGGAUGUUUUAAGCUCGAACCUCGGUCAAGAGUUGCUGGACAGAGUGUUCAGGCAUCUGAAUUUAUUGGAGACCGCAUACUUCGGGCUGCGUUACUUGGAUCACGGCAAUCAGACGCAAUGGCUCGAUCCGAGCAAGAAGAUCGGCAAGCAGCUGAAAAUCCAGAAAGGAGAUCCUAGCUCGGAUGUCCACACCCUCUAUUUCGGCGUGAAGUUCUACGCGGCGGAUCCCUGCAAGCUUAUCGAAGAGAUCACAAGGUACCAGUUUUUCCUGCAAGUCAAGCAGGAUAUUUUACAAGGAAGACUGCCAGUCUCGUUCGACCUGGCAGCGGAACUGGGAGCCUAUGUAGUUCAAUCGGAACUGGGAGACUACGAUCCAAGACGACAUUCCUUAGGCUACGUUACCGAAUUUCGAUUCUUAGCCAAUCAGACUACAGAAUUGGAGAACCGUAUAGUGGAACUUCAUAAAACUCUUGUAGGACAAUUACCCUCUGCAGCAGAGCUGAAUUAUCUCGACAAGGUAAAAUGGCUCGAAAUGUAUGGGGUCGAUUUGCAUCCCGUAUUGGGUGAGGACAGUGUGGAAUACUUUUUGGGCCUGACACCGAGCGGGAUAAUACUGUUGCGUAACAAGACCAAAGUGGGAAAUUACUACUGGCCUCGGAUAAAUAAAAUCUAUUAUAAGGGUAGAUACUUCAUGCUGAGGGUGAGCGAGAAGAAUUCCGAAGAGAGGACGCACGGUUUCGAGACACCGUCAAAGGGUGCCUGCAGACACCUGUGGAAAUGCUGUCUGGAGCACCAAGCGUUCUUCCGUUUAAUGGCCACUGGCCCGCCACCUUUGAGCCCUUACUCCCGUUUCCGGUCGUACAGUCCGCCGUCCGGAUCGGAGAAGCACACGAUGAUCAGACGGAAUCCGCCUCCGAUUUUCCAGAGAACCCCCAGCCGUAGGGCUCAGCGACGCGUGGUCGAGGGCCAAGAGAUGGUUGGCCCGUUCGUGGAAACGCCUGCCGCUGUCAACGUUAAUUCGGCCAGCAACCCGGCCAGCGGGAAUGUCUUGUGCAAUACGCAGAAUGCCAGACGGGUGAACAAUUCGAGUCCCAGGAGCACCAGGAGCGCGCCGUGGACUCAGAGCCAGCCCCGAGGCCUUUAUACUUCGUCUAGUCCUCGGUCUGUCCGCUCCGCGGGAACAGCACCGGCACUCUUGAGCAGGCUCCAGCGAAGGAGUAGCUCUGUGGAGAGCCAAAGUUCAGGGGACAGCCAUAGUCGCGGUGGUCAUCGUAGGAGAAGUCAUAGUCAUAGUCACCGAAGACACAGUCGUCAUUCAGACUGCGAGUCCGAACUGUCAAGAGGUUCGGACUCGAGGUCAGGCCAUCGUAAACACCGCAGGAAGCACAGAAGCUCUCGUUCUUCUAGGCACGAAUUGGUCGACUCCGAGCCACAAUGGAGGGAAGCUCAGAAACGAAAGGGCGAAGGAGUUCAGCGAGCCGUUGUGAGCCAUACAGAACCUAGAAGGAGGCAUAGGAGUAGACACCGGAGUCCUUCUCAGAAGCAACCAUUGCCAGACGAGCUUAGGAAACAUUUGGAAUUUGGGCUAGUCGACACGACCGGAAUGAGCGAACAGCAACGGCGAGAGAUACCGUAUACGGUGGUUCAAUCGCAAUCUGUACAGCAAUGUCCCUUACAAUCUAGCAAUUCCCGAUUGGACGAGGCAGACUCGUCGUCUCUGCCUAGAACAAUCGGAUCCAUUGGCAAAAGAAACAGAAGAAUGAUACAGCAUAGUCGCGAUGGAAGUUAUAAUUUGCCACCGACCAGGCCGGGUCAAGUCGAGGCUAAGUACUACGACGGUAGUAGGAGCGAGUGCAAUAUGAGGAAGGACUUUUAUUAUACUCGUAACAACAGAAUAUUGAUAGGCAGUAACGCGGACAGUGGCCUCGGGGAAAGCACACCGCAGGAAUUUUCAAGCUGCUGCUCAAGCUCAGCCGACAGCGCUAAGCCCACCCGUGUAACGCAAUUGCAAUUAGGGGGAGAGGUACGCUAUGAACUGUCUUCAAACCAAGAAAUCUACCCUCCUGUUGAUACUACUCUGGAUGCUGUUCUGCAGCCCAUAAUAUCAACUUUAACAAGGAGGCAACGUCACCAGCCGAAAUGAGCAUGAAGCUUUAAAUAAAUACAAAAUAGACAUUUAUGCACAUAUUGUAUAUUUAAGAAAGUUUUUUAUACCUCAUUCAAAUUAAAUAUCAAUAAUCCCAUCAGUCACUGAAACUUAUGAAAUGAACCAUAAACAAUGAAUUAAAUGCGCAGCACUUUUAUUCCUUAUUUAAAAAAAGUGUCCCUAAUCUUAUCUAGUCCUUUAUUUAGCUCUCCUUAGAUGCCAUGUGCCUCAUUAAAUUUCCUAUAAAUUUUUCCAUCUUCUUUAAGUCCUGUGCUAUCUCUGUUUUAUAUUGU